CCUUAUCUCGUUUACAGAUGGACAGAUUCCGCACAUUAGCCCCACAGGCACAAGCUCAGCCAUAUCCGUGCCCUCCUACAACUGCGGUGAUGUGGAAUGGUCCGUCGAAGUAGCCAGUAUCCUUAAACAAGCUAUAGCUCCAUCAACCAGAGGAUCUUACUCAACAGGUUACAAGGCAUAUUGUCGAUAUUUAUGCUUGAACAAUCAGACUUGGUCAAAUAUGCCUCCAGUAUCAGAGUUACUGUUGAUGAACUUUGCAGCUCAUUGUCAUCAGCAAUUGAAAUUAAGAUACUCUACAAUCAAAUUGUACUUGUGCGGUAUUCGACAUUUUUUCCUGUCAUCAGCAGUGGAAUGUCCUCUGUAUACCCAGAAUUCCAAUUUUGCGCGUUUACAGUUGGUUAUGAAUGGCAUCAAAAGAAUGGACGGACGGCCAAAGUUAGCUCGGUAUCCAGUGACCUUUCCAGUGUUACAUGCCCUUUGCACACGGCUACGGAAAGGUGUAUUCAAUAUCAAGUUAGACAGAAUGAUGGAAACAGCUUGUGUAGUUGCUUUCUUUGGCUUCCUAAGAUGUGGAGAAUUCACGUGCAUGAAUUCCUUUGAUCCGACAACUAACUUAUGUGUAAGUGAUAUUACGCGAGCUGAUGAUCACACCAUACUGUCAUUGAAAACAUCAAAAACGGACCCUUUCAGGAAGGGCGUUCACAUACGGCUUUUCUGUACCUCAAAGUCAGUAUGUCCAAAGUGUAUUUUAGACAAGUAUAUUAGUACAAGAUAUCGCGAGGGUGCCACGUCAACUGAUGCACUAUUUGUAGCAACAAAUGGACAACCAUUAACAAGAAAUGUCUUCAUCGGGAUGCUACGCCAAGUACUUUCACUUUGUGGUUUUGAAUCACAUCUCUUCAAUGGGCAUUCUUUUCGCAUAGGGGCAGCCACUUCUGCUGCCUCCAAACACAUUGAAGACCAUUUAAUAAAGACCAUGGGCCGAUGGUCCUCUGAUUCAUACUGUCGAUAUAUACGCACCUCAAAGGAAGUUCUGCAUUCAGCUCAAAAGUGUUUAAGUGAUUUAUAAGUGUCUCAACACAUAUAGUUAAAAUUGACAUGCUUUUACAAGACAUUCAUAAAACUUGACUUUGAUACGUAUAUAAUUUCUAUACGAUUUCACUUACAACUAUUAGUACCUGUAUGUGUACAGGUAUGUAUGUACAUUUGAAUGAUAAAUGGUGCAUGUAAUUUCUCAAUCUUUAUUACCAAUAAGUGUCAAACUUCUUUAGAGUCUAACAUAUAUGUAUUAUCAUGACAACUGUUUUCUUGUUUAUAGAUGAAAUAAUUAGGGUCCAUAUCAAGAUGUUUACAUUUAUUACUUGGGGAUUAUCAGCUGCUCACAGACAUUUUUUCGCACCUGAAAUUUUGGACAUCAUUCUUACAAUGAAUUUCCCAAUUAAUAAACUUCUGUGCAACAUUCUCAAUCAGUUUCAGAGAGUUCCACAGCCCUCGUUGUGGCAGUAUGCCUUCAUGUAUACUGAGUAACUUUUACCCUCGUAGAUGUUACAACUCUUUGAGAUUGAAGCAAGGAAUUUAAAUAUGUCAAGCAGAAGGACAGAAUCAUAUAAUUUCACCGAGUUCCACAGCCCUCGUUGUGGCAGUACCAACAUCCCUGUGGGUACUGUGAAACUUCUACCUUCGUAGAUUUUCCAACUCUGUGGAAUUUAUGCAUUACAAGAUCAUAGUACACUGCUGCUUGAUUUGUCAUCUACUGAUCACUACAGAGCAAUUCUGCCCAGCACUGCAGAGCAAUUCUGCACCCUGGUUAGCCUCCGCUGACCAUCUAUAUCAAAUUCUAUGUUACACAACAUUUCUGAUCAAGAGCAGCUGAGAUAAUCUUCAAUCCAAGUAGAGAUAGGGAUUUUUUAGAUUGUAUGUAUAAUAUGUAUGUUGUAUGUAUAUAAACAUGUAAAGUUAAAUGUUGCAAGUUUUUUGUAAUAGAUUCAGAGGAAACAAGUAUUGUCGUUUGUGUUAUUAUUACUGGUAUAAAU